CUCUCCUUUCUCCCUCCUUCGUCCUUCCUUCUUCCCCCUCACAAACUUGCUAUAGCAAUCUGGUUUGGAUCAGAGUUGCGGCUCAUCGGAAAGUGAGCCGAGGUGUAGAACAAGAUCUAUAGGUUUCCGUGCAACAAGCUUAAUCCAAAGAGGACCUUAUGGCCGCUAAACAACAAGCUUUGGUCUACAUCAGGCGGCAAAACUCCAGCAAAAUUCAGCAAAACAUAGUUUAUGUUGGGUGGAUUCCCAACAAGUUGUUGUAGAGUUGAGGUUUCAAUCCUUGUGGUCGCUUGAUUCUGUCUAUGAUUCCUUUGUUAUUUUUAUUGAUUCACAGUUAUGGUUAAAAAAGAGAAUGUGCACUGUUAAUGGCGAUGAUUACAUAGUUUUUCUCCUUUCUUCUUUUUUAUUUUUUUCCUUCUUUCCCUUCUCUAUUAUUCCUUUUCAAUUCUGAGCAAUCGUCUUAGUGGGUUCUUCAAUUUGAAUAAAAAACAUGAAUUUUAGGUGGUGGAAUGGAAUUUAGAUAAAAUUGGUGGAAUUCAUUUGUUUUCUGCAAAUUUUAUGUUUAUUGUUAUAUGCUUUGCUGUUUGGGAUGCUGGGAUUUGAUUUGAUAGGCUUGCUAGUUGAUUCUAUUUUUUAGUGUAAGAGAUUGUUGUAAAUUAGUUUUGGAAUAAAUUAGAAGCAUUUUU